CUCCAUCAUUUCCUCACCUUCUUCUACGCAACAAUUUUUCUUCUUUCCUUAAAUUACCCAUUUACAGAAAUUGCAAAAAAUGGAGCUAGAACAACCUAUCAUGCCAAGAGAAGAGACCCCAGUUAGACUGAGAUCAUCAUCAACCACAACCAAAGCUAAUGCAAGAACUAGCUUAGCUACAGCUGGAGGUACAGGUAGCUCUUCCUCUUCAAAUUCCAAUGAUCUUUGUCAUCGCUCCGUAUCUUUUCGGACUCUGGAGAUGGGUGUGCCCAAGAGUAUUUCUUCUGAGAAAAGACUUGCUUGGUUGCGCUCUCAAAUCGUGGGCGGUGAUGUAGAAUUUGAUUCUCCCUUUGGAAAACGAAAACUCACCUAUGCUGAUCAUACUGCCUCCGGCCAGUCUCUUCGCUAUAUUGAGAAUUUUAUCAUUAACAAUGUUCUUCCCUUCUAUGGGAACACUCACACUUGCGAUAGUUACGUGGGGCAUAGAACAACCAAAAUGUUACAAGAAGCAAUUAAAUACAUAAAGAAGAGCUUAGGUGGUGGACAACAGGAUGCAAUUAUGUUCUGUGGCUCAGGCACCACAGCAGCUAUUAAACGUCUGCAAGAGGUAAUGGGCAUAGCUGUGCCCUCCAUUCUCAGAGACAGGCUAAUUAAAUGCAUUACCAAUGAAGAAAGAUGGGUAGUCUUUGUUGGCCCUUAUGAGCACCACUCCAACCUCCUUUCAUGGCGACAAAGCUUAGCUGAAGUUAUAGAGAUUGGCAUAGAUGACAAUGGCUUAAUAGACAUGGAAUCUCUACAGAAACAACUUCACAUUUAUAGAAAUGCCAAUCGUCCAAUUUUAGGGUCGUUUUCUGCUUGUAGUAAUGUGACUGGGAUUGAGUCAGAUACUCGAGGAAUUGCCAGGCUUCUUCACCAAUAUGGAGGUUUUGUGUGCUUUGAUUUUGCAGCAAGUGGGCCUUAUGUGGAGAUUGACAUGAGAUCUGGGGAGAUUGAUGGGUAUGAUGCAAUUUUCCUUAGCCCACAUAAAUUUCUUGGUGGGCCUGGAUCGCCUGGAAUUCUUCUGAUGAGUAAAGCUCUCUAUCAGCUGAGAUCUUCUGCACCAUCUACUUGUGGAGGUGGAACUGUUUGUUAUGUCAAUGGCUUCAAUGAAAAGGACACAUUAUAUUUGGAAGAGAUAGAGGAAAGAGAAAAUGGUGGGACUCCUCAAAUAAUCCAAACAAUCAGAGCAGCAUUGGCUAUCUGGGUUAAAGAAUACAUUGGCUACCAAAUGAUUGAAAAACAAGAAACCUAUUACAUAAAAAAGGCAUUAAAUAGGCUUAUGUCCAACAAGAACAUAUGGGUUUUAGGAAACACAAGUGUCAAGAGACAAGCCAUAUUGUCCUUCCUCGUAUCUUAUACUACAAACUCUUCCUCGAGUGAAAUUGAAGAAGUUGAAUCUAGCGAAGGAAAGGAAAGAGAUCUUUACAUGUGGGCAGAGACAGGGAACAAGAAGGAUAAGCCUCUUCAUGGAGCUUUUGUUGCAUCUUUGCUUAAUGAUUUGUUUGGCAUUCAAUCCAGAGGUGGGUGUGCAUGUGCUGGACCUUAUGGUCAUGUUUUGCUCAACAUCAGUGAGGCUCGAUCCCUUGCUAUCAGAUCUGCCGUACAUAAGGGAUAUCAUGGAGUAAAGCCAGGAUGGACAAGAGUUAGCUUCCCAUACUACAUGCCCAAUGAGGAAUUUGAGUUCAUUCUAGCAGCUCUGGAAUUUAUAGCUAUUUAUGGGCAGCGAUUUCUUCCUUUAUAUCAUUUCAAUUUCAAAACUGGAAGCUGGUAUUUGAAGAAAAAGGCAUUUAAGAACCUAGUUGUAGGAAAACAGAAAAACGCCAACAGCAUUAACGACUUGCCGCUUGCUGGUGCUAAUGAGGGUGGGAUUAUCAUCAGUAAGCACAAAUCGUAUUUAGAAAUGGCCAACCACAUCGCAAGUUUUCUUCCCAAAUUCCCUUCUCCGCGUACGCUUCCAGAAAAUUUAGACUAUGAUCUUCUAUACUUUCGAGUCUAGUCCCCAUUCAUAUCUUUGUAUGAUAUACUAUGUUUUUUUCUGAUUGAGUUUAUCGAAUUUAUAGCAAAGUUGUUUAUAAGCCCUGAGCACUAUUCUUUUCCUAAAUAAAAUUAAAUGUUUGCCUUCCCCUCUUGUAUUUUGAUGAACCUUCUUUACCCUUUUCUCUCUCUCCAUAAUGCUGUUUUCGCAACUUGAACCUGUAACCUCCGAAUCAUAAAUAGAGCAAUUUUACUAUUAUACCAA